AGCCAAUCCGCAGGAACGAAUUGAGCAAGACGCUGGUGAAGCUUCAGACAGUUCUGUUCAAUUGAGGAGAAUUCUCCUGCAACGACGGCAAUGAACGAGUGGUCUGCAGAUGUGCAUAAGCUGAGGAAGCGGCAGCCUGCAUGAGGAUGGCGGCCGAGGACAUUCUCACGCUCGUCUUGCUCGCCACCUAUGCAGCGGUACCCUGGCUCGCCAGCGCUGCCGAUGAGUCGCUGGUCAUGCGCAGGCUGUCGAGCUCUGACGUCACCAACUGGUGGCUGCUGGAGUCGCCAGCUGAAGACAAGACCGAUAUGGCAGCUCGGCUCAAAGAUCCCAUGCUCAAGCAGCUCAAUCUGUCACCGUCUCAGGACAGCCCGCGGCCGAAGCGGCCUGUCAUUCUGAUCCCCGGUCUGUGUGGGUCGGUGUUGUCGGUGAGGAACCGCAAGACGGACCAAGUCACCCAAGUCUGGUAAGGCAGGCCAUGUGGGAGGAUGGGAUGCCUUUGAUCUGUCGGCUAUGCAAUUGUUUUGUCCUCUUGCAGGGCGCGGAUGACAUCGGCUGAUCAGGUGGGUUGUCGGGAAUGCAUGAAGCACUUACUUAGUCAUGGGAUCGGUGUGUCUAACUCUGCAGCUGUUGUUGGCGCAUGCUGUGGGUCGGUUUAAUAGUCAGACGAACCGUUCUGAGCCCCUCAAUCCAUCAGAGGAGGUGUUCUCCCCAGUAGACGACUUCGGUAACUGAGCUGCAGUGCACUGCACUGUGCACAAGAAACACCCACCCACCCACCGCUCAUGUCGUUCUUCCUUGGUCCUGAUGCUCUCAGGUUUGUAUUCGAUUCAACGGCUGUUUCCCGAGAUACGGCUGGGGCAGUCGGCCGAGUACCUCAGCACACUCAUAGGUGCGGUGGUCACUGGCAAAGCAGACAAGGAUCUAUCACAUGACGAUCGCCCCCAUGGGUGCUUCUCUUUCAGAGUCCCUCGAGGCCUCCGGAUACGUGCGCGGCGAGACGCUUUUCGGGUUCCCGUUUGACUGGUACACAGUUCGUUACACAGCCACCGAUUACUGAUCUCCCGCCAUUUAUCUGCAGGCGUCAGUCGGUUCGCAACCCGAGGAUCCUCAAGAGGCUACGCACGCUCAUCAAGACGGUGGGCCGUGGGGGCAGGGUGGACAUCGUGACGCACUCGAUGGGCGGCCUGCUGCUCAAGGCAUUCACCAUCACACACAAGAAGGAAGCCAACGAACACAUCGAAAACUGGGUGAGUGAGAAGGAUUGAGGGAGGGAGGGAGGGAGGGAGGGAGGGAAGGCAGCCGGAAAUGGCGCCCUCUCUCCUAACUGCAGAUUGCAGUGAAUACGCCGUGGCUGGGGGGCUCGACACAGACCAUUUAUGCGGCGCUGAGAGGCUACACAUUCGGUACACUUACACCGCACCACACAAUUGCGACGUCUGAUAUCUGUGGCACUUCUGCAGGCAAUCCCUUCAUCACGCCAUCGACGAUCCGCGCGAUGCUGUGGGGGUCGCCCAGCAUAUUCGAGCUGCUGCCCGACUUCGACCACCCGUGGGAGCACAAGCCGUCCCUCACCGUCAAAAACGCCACCACACAGAUCAGACUGGACACCUUCGAUGCGUAAGGACACACUGAUCACUGCCUGCACGAGUCCAUUCCACACGUGGUGUCUUGUCUGCUGUUGAUGCUUGCAUUGCAGCCUGUAUGACUUCUUCUGGGCGCACAUGCGCGACUGCACGGUCAUCACGCCAUCCACCGGUGUGCCGGAGCGUGUCGGCUUCGACCGUCAGCUUUGGGACUACGUCAUGGAGACCAAACGGUUUCUGCGGCAGCACAGCUACACUCCUCCGGCAGUGGCGGGCGACACGGCACCAGGGGCGCAAGUCAGUGUCGACAUAGAGGAGGAGACAGACGCAGAGAACUUCGCUGCUCAGAUCAGGUGGGCAGGCGAGCACAUGCGGAAUGAGAGCCAUGUGUGUGUGUGUGUAUGGUUCGUUUGGUGGUUGCAGUGGUCACAUGAGAGGCAGCAGUGAGACAGCCGGCCGUACCGAAGCGAAGCCUCCCGAGGCGUCUACAUCCCCCACUCGAGUGCACAACGAGUCGUCAAGACCCCCGCUGUCGUCCAACACAUCCCACCUGUACACCUUCAACGACCACAGCAUGUCGGCCGUCCGUCGGGAGGGUUUUGCCUUCUUCCAUCUGUAUUCCAACUCGAGGGAUACGCCCCACAGCCACACGCUGGACGUCGGCAGCAACCCACUCAAGACCGUCGCCGACCUCAACAUCUCGCCACAGGUGUGCAGAUGGGGCUGGGGCGCAGCGAGACACGGGGGAAUGUCUGCAUCCAUGUGUGUGUGCAGGAGGAGGUCAUCACUGCCCGCGGCGACGAGACUGUGCCACUCGAGUAAGACAAACAUCACACACCACACACCACACACGACACCGCACAUGGACCAUCUGUGUGUAUCUCUGCCAUCUUCAGGUCUCUGCGAGCGCACGGCAUCGGUCCAGAGCAUGUGGUUCGGGAGGUGGAGCUGGACGAGGGCGGCCACCAGGACGUCCUCCACCGCCCACUGCUCACCGCAAUCGUCAAGGAGGCCCUCGGCAUCACAUGCGACUGGAAGGGCCUCUGGUACAGCGACACUGAGGGUCUCUUUGCCCUCGACCACCUUAAGAACUCUCGCGUUGAGGUCCACACGGUACACUCCCGCCUACUGCUGCGCGGCGACAUCUCGCCGGACGGCCAGAGGGUGGUCGGCACCGUCACCUGGCGAGGCGCCACAAAGCGGCGGCUGACGGGAGCGAGUGAUGAUGCAUCGUCAGAGGCCAUCGUAGCUGCAGCGGCCAGUGUGGGGCAGGAGGUGUCGCGGCCCGAGAUGGUCGGUGAGGGUACCUUCUCGUGGCAGAUGGAGGGUGGGUGUCAGGCCUUCACGGGCAGCUGGACACCUCAUGUAGGAGACCGACAGGUGAAGAAAGAGACAUCAAAUGCGCCCUCUGUCUCGCUGUCUGCCAUGGUAGUGUGCGUUGGUUUGUCGCCAUUCAGGAGUUCACUGCCCUUCGUGUGACGGGCAAGCAGUGCUCGCACAGCCAAACACGCAUAUGCACGGUCAGAAAGGAGCAGGGGGAAGAGCAGGAACGGCCCAUCGAUCCGCAAUCUGCCCCCGUGUGUGUGUGUCCAGGUCGAGAAUGGUUUAGGUCUGACUGAGUGCAUCCACGGCUUCUGGGUCCCAGGAUGCCGCGUGCGAUCCUGUCUACCGGGGUAAGAACGACCCACAAACGCCCCUGCAUUGGUAACUGCCUGAAUGUCUCUGUUGGUGCUGUAUGUGUGCAGGUACACAGUGAGUGACAGCCAAUGGGCUUCGCAGCAGCCACCAGAGGGGUCACACGGCGGAUCGUCGCCGGUCGUCAACUGGUCCAGCCUGCCCUUCCUGGACUUCGCUGCCAAUGCACAGCCGCCCCCGCCCCCGGCCGGCAAUGACGAGAGCACAAGCGGUUCGGCAGACUUCCCUCUACCAGCAAAGAAAGAGGUGAGCUCGAGGGGACCACUUUAACACUCGGCGGUUCAUUGUGCUUUGUGGUGUUUUGUUUUGUUUUGUUUUGGGCGCGUGUGUGUCAGGUGGCCUGUGUGCCGUGCACGGCGGGUACUUACAAGCACCACUACGGCAUCCAGGGCUGCAUGCCGUGUGGCUUCAUCCCGCCACACGCCAUCUACACCGAAACGGCCGUCCAGGCGGCUCCAUGCCCAACCGCAUGUGACGCAGGUCGGCACAAAGACCAACAGCACAGCAGCACAGAAGUCGGAGAUGUCAUUCUACGUUCCACGUGUGUCGUCAGGUUAUUACCGCACUCGAUCUGGCCACUGCCGUGCGUGUCCGGCGGGCACAUACAAGGACACGGUGUCCGACUCGCCGUGCAAGAGGUGUGCCAACGCCAACGGGCCCCUGUGGAUUCCCUCACACGCAACGGCAAUCACCACACCGCAGUGCCCCGUCGAUUGCCUUACUGGGUAAGGGAGAGAGAGGCACCCUCACAAGCACAGCACGUGGUCCUCGCACAGCGGCCCUUUUUGUGUGUGCAGGUAUGAGCUGGUGCAGGACGGCGGUGUCGACCGCUGUGUGAUGAAUCCGUUGUGGUUCUUCCUGUGGGUCGCCGGCUGUCUCGCGGCCCUUCUCAGCGUCACCUCCCUCGUCAGGUGGAUGUUCGUCAAGUGCCGCGCAGCACGCAGCCGGGCAUUGGCGGCUCGGCGGGUGUCAGGGUCCUCGCAACAGACCAGGACGGGCCUCGCCAGCGCCAAGCAAGACCUCGAGAAGGACUUCACACGCGGAUACGCCAUUCCCCAGCGAAGCAACUUCCGCAAUAGAGUCGAGAGUUGCCUGUCGACGUGCCUCAAGCGCAGCGCCCGGUGCUGCUUCCCUGGAGGCAAGUACCGCCACGGCAAGUCGUCCAGGCGGUCGGCACAGCACUUCAUUGAGGAGGGGAGAUCAAGCCUACUCGUGCGCAAGCCCAGCAAGGACAUGCACGCGGCCCCUGACGGCAGCUAUGGUGUCUUCCUGCCGAUGUCGCACCAGCACACGAAGGGCCCCAUCCCCUCUGGGGAUGGUCCAUCUGACGCGUCAGCCCCUGCCCCACACAGCACACCUACCACUGCCGCACCUGAGGCCCCCAAGCCAGCACGUGACAGCAACGGCGAUGGCCGCGAUGAGCCCAAGACGCCGAGGCAAAAGUCGCUGCAGGUGAGGGGCAGCGGUUAUGUCGGUGUGGCGACGGCAUCGAGUGCACACCUGCACGGCUAUGGCGAGAAGGACCGAGCCAGGUCGUCACGUUCAAGGAUCUUUUCGGGGCGAAUCAGCUGACGUUGCUCUUUUGCCAUUUUUGAAUAGAAUACAUGACAUGGACCGGACCGGUGUCUGCCGCUGCUGCCGGAUGGGAUCGAGUCAGGAUCGGUUGAGCUUUUUUGCGCUUCUCUUUUUGCGCACGCGUUUUGGCCUUUUGCAUGCAUCGACCAACCAAACCGACCCAAAGCUGUACAGCCCUCAGCUACUUGGUGGGUGUGGUAUGGUGUACAUACGCAGACGUGGCGUACAGACAUGCAUUGGUACGCCAUGCAUGCGGUGAUGCUGGGUUCCUGCUGAUGCGUUCGUGUGUGGUGUGUGUGUUUGUGUGUGUGUGUGCUCGCUUUAUCGACAUGUGGGUGCCUUUGGCGUGUGUGGGACUGACUGCAGGACAUUUGCGUUGUCGUCGUUUCAUCAACACGAAGAAAGGCUCAUUCAAUGUCGGCCGUCCUCC